AGUGCCGAAUAUACCUAUUGGUAAACAAAACAAUGGCGGCCAUGUCGCCUGGAAACCUAGUUGGAUGACGGAACUAUUUUCGUCACGCCUCUUUGGAACUCAAUGGCAUAGAAGACGCGCUUUCUUCUUAUUCAGAUCAUUUCAUAACGAUGUGUCUCCUAUAGCCACCGGAGACCAUACACUGGGGAUUCUUCUUGGAGAAUCUGACGCUUCGCCGUGCGGUUUCCCUUUUGAGUGGGCGGGAAUGGAGGCGGCGCCACUGUAGAUGUUCUUGGUCUGGGGAUAUGCGGAUAGUGGUUGAUUGAUAGGCUGCUUUAUGAUCGUUGUCCGUUAGGUUUCAAAUCCAAGCCUACUUCUCUCGGAAACGAAAAUUGAAGAUUGCACAUUGACACUCAAAAAGUUCUCCAAAUCUAUGCUGACGUGGCGCAUAGAAUAAACAGACGAUAAGAAGUUCAAAUCUUCCGCAUGCCUACAGUAACACACUCGUGUACAUUGCUGUUCCAGUUGAUAAAAUUCCCCGUGAACAUCAACAAUCAUUUUCAAUAAUAACUCCCAUGUUGAAGAUAGUGAUUACCCUUCAAAAUAUUGGUCACCGAUUACAUCUUCAUACACUAUCUCAUCACCAAUGUCCUGAUCUAUCUCGGUCAGCUCGGUUACAACAUUGUCAUGCUCCUCAAGGUCUGCUCGACAUAGAAUAGUUUGACCAUAUUGAAGAGGUAAUUCUGAGCAACUGGACCUUGUGAUUUUGAAAAGGGGUCCAACUUGACCGUUAUUCAACACCUCACAUGUAAAAAGUGAGCCGGUAGAUGUUUUUGGUAAAUGGAUACGCAUAGAAGGCGCAAUCAUAUCGAAGAUUUGGCUACUUGCAAUGGCAAUUGAAGGCUUCUCUUGACAGGAAUGAGGAAAAAUGUAAUGAAGAAAGUAACGGUCUAUAAAAUGCAUCUAUUUAAUAGGAGGAUUUCAAGUCAAAGUCUGAAACCCUAAGAGCCCUAAAAGCCCUAAAUCUGAGAGAUAGGCAGCAAAUCCUAAUAGAGGAGAUCGAAGGUUAGAAGGUUUCGCUUCAUGAGAUUGAUGGCACACGAGAUCAAUGUUCAACUUCCGGUACAAUUUGAAGACUUUUAUAUACUCUCAUUUGGGAACAUCAUUGCAAGCCCAUUAUACUACGGUGCCAAUUAUAUUUGGCCAAUUGGGUAUAAAUCCCGUUGGCAUUAAAAGCUUACUGGCUCACUUUUUACAUAUGAGGUGUCGAAUAACGGUCAAGGUGGACCCUUUUCAAAAUCACAAGGUCUAGUUGCUCAGAAUUACCUCUUCAAUAUGGUAAAACUAUUCUAUGUCGAGCAGACCUUGAGGAGCAUGACAAUGUUGUGACCGAGCUGACUGAGAUAGAUCAGGACAUUGGUGAUGAGAAAGUGUAUGAAGAUGUAAUCGGUGACCAAUAUUUGGAAGGGUCAUCAUUAUCUUCAACAUGGGAGUUAUUAUUGAAAUUGAUUGUUGAUGUUUACGGAGAAAUUAUCAACCGGAAUGGUGGCCUACAGUGUUACUAACACUGUAGGCAUGCGGAAGAUUUAAGCUUCUUGUCAUCUGUUCAUUUCACGCACAUUUCACGCAGGAGGUUAGCAUAGAUCUGGAGAACUUUUUACAUUCGCAACAAUGUGUCAGUGUGCCGACUGUCGUUCAUGGUGACAAGGAGACUCAUGAGUUUUCAAAAUUAUUGAUAAAUUGGCUGUGAGGGUAUCGAUUUGGAUUAGACAUUGAGUUUGUUCAAGAAUUUAUAGAACAACUUCCAGGAGUAGAAGCCUGUUCAGGAUAUAUAUUAUGCAAAGAUCGUUUACGUGAUUCAUCUUCAACAAUUUCAAAUAAAAAAAAUAAAAUAAAGGACAUGGGGCCUUUUCCUGUUGGGAGUCUCAUUUCCUCAAGGCUGUCUUCUAAUGCAACAGGCGACCUUCUUCAGGUAUAUGAGUUCUUAUGCCGUUUUAAAGAAGUUCUCGAAGUGGAAGAAGAUUGUUUAUCAUAUGAAGAUCUUGAAAACGAGCUUCAUCUUACCCCAUGGCCUGUUACAUAUGGAUACGGGGCAGGGGCAUUUCUGGAAACAGUAGAAAUGAAUCGUGUUAAACAUAAGGUUGACAAGUUGACUACUGUGCACAUGGCACUGUUAUCUAGGCUAGUGAGCAAGCUCCUGCGAAAAAUAACUAAGGCCUUUAAUGUAACCGGUGAUGCUAAAGAUACAGAGAAGGACAAAGAUAAAAAAGUAAAUUUAGAAAUGUUUCCGAUUAAUCCGCUGCCGUGGCCAGAAGUGGCUAGAAGAUAUAUCUUGGCUUGCUUGUUAAUGGGAUCUAAGAACAUUGCUGUUGGUAAUAAGACAAAGCUCAUUCGCUGUCUGCAAGGUGAUGAUGCUAUUUUCUCUGGAUCGCCAGCUGGCGUUGCUGGCUCUGAUGUGGACGCAUGAUGUGGACGCACAGUUGCUUGGAAGAGCUGUAGAGAAAGUGUUUGGCAAACGGAAAAGAGAAAGGAGUAUUUUUCCUUCAGGGACUAAAGUCGACAAUUUAGAAAACUACAGGUUGGAAACAGAUUUUAGUAUUCCAGAGUGGGCGAAAGUGCUUGAUCCGGUAAGAAAGCUGCCUACAAAUGUGGGGUCCCGAAUUCGGAAUUGUGUGCAUGAGUCUUUAAAGAAAAACCCACCUGAAUGGGCAAAGAAGCUUCUAGAAGCUUCCAUUUCAAAAGACGUGUACAAGGGCAAUGCAUCUGGGCCCACUAAGAGAGCCGUAAUCGAUGUUUUACAAAGAGUAUCAGAUGGCCCGCAAACAGCAUCGCCACCUGGCAUGGGAAUUGAAGACAUCAAAACCUCCAAGAUGUUGUCAAAUACAGUGAUGAAAAAGUGUCGUGUGGUAUUACGCCAGGUGGCAGAAGCUUAUGAUAAGAAGGAAAAGGUUCUUGUUGAUAAAAAGAAAAAGGUUCUUUUUGAUCUUCUUGGGAGGGACUUAAAUUGUAAUGAUAAUUAUUUAAAAAUUGUUUUUGGAUCUGUGUCGAUGCGUCCUAUUGAUUUAAGAACCAUUGAUUUGAGAUUGUUUCAUGGGGCAUAUGGUGCUUCACAUGAAGCAUUUCUUGAGGAUGUUAAGGAGGUGUGGAUUAACUUACGCCCGAAAUUUAAAUUGGUGGAUAAAAUGUCACGUGAUUUUAAAUUGUGAUAUGAAAAGGAGGUAGGGACUCUGUUUAGGAGAUUUUAUGAAGAUAACAUGUACAGAAAACCUAUUGAGGAAAUGGAGAAGGAGCUUGAAGAGAUUCUAACUUCAACUGAAAUACCCGAAGCACCCUGGGAAACAAGAAUCUGCAAUGUAUGUGGGAUUAAUAAAGAUGAUGGAAAAGUACUUAUUUAUGAUAAGUGUGAAGCAUACUAUCACACAUACUGUUUGACUCCCCCUCUUUCUCAAAUCCCAAAAGGCAACUGGUUUUGUCCCAUUUGUGUGCCACCUCAGCAGGACAACGAAGCAGAAGGUCUUGAAAAUAUUUUACGAUUUGUUGAUAAAAAUUGUGAAGAAACAAUUAUGCUUUUGGAUAUAGCCACUGCCUUGAAGGAAAAAGAGUAUUGGGAAUUAGAUGCCGAUAAG